AGCUCCGGUGAAAACCCUGGCGCUCGGAGCCCCAUUCGUCAAAACCCCAUGGCAACGAACGGCGUGGCCAUGGCGGCCGUAGCACUGGCUCGCCUCCUUUGGGCGACUGCGGCAGAGGAGCUUUCCUGUGUGGAUGAGAACUGUGGUGUGAACCUGGUGCAGAUCCAGAUUGCAAAGGCUGUGCAUCGAAAGACUGAUUAUUGGUAUCCCGGCCGCGCGGUGGACUACAACCGCUCGGGCUACAGCGAUGCCACCGGGCCUUGGCCUCUGAAGGCACCCAGCUGGAAGUUCGAGGAAGCUGGCAUGAACUUCCAUCAGACACCCUGCAUCGACCACGAGCGGAACAUCUACACGGGCAGCGACCAGGGACGGAUCCUGAGCUUCGAUGCCCAGGGCUCCAAGCGCUGGGAGGUGCAAGGCCCAUCAAGAGCAUGUCAAAAUCCUUUCCUCUACGAUUCCAAACUCUACACCUCCUGUGAUGAUGGCUCCGUCAUGGCCUUGGACAUGACCGACGGUCGGAUCCUCUGGCACCGACAGCUGGAAGAGGAGCUGCCGGAUGACACCUACAGUAUGACAGCUACAGAAGAGUUUCUCUUUAUGCCAUACGGCUAUCAAAAAAAUCUCAUGAAUCCCAAAGAUCGCACCGGCUCGCCGGCGGUGGCCUUGCUGCGGCGCUCGGACGGCAAGCUCUUGUGGACCUUCGAGGUACCAGGCUCCUCCACAGUGAACCUGGCGCCCUGCAUGUUUGAGACCUCCGUUAUCUUCAACGAUGUGAGCGGUGGCAUUUAUCACUUGCGCUUAUCCGAUGGCUCGGUGAUUUGGAAGAAGGAGGCCCUCUCGCCUGGCAGCUAUACCCUGGGCGGAGUGUCGUGCAGCGCGGAUGGGAAGGUCUACAACGGCUUUUCGGUGGGGACCGGUAAGAAUGAGACAGGUGGCCUCCAAGCGCUCAACAUCAGUACUGGUGAGCGGAUCUUCACCAAGCAGUUUAGCGCCGCAGUGCACAAUGCACCCGCAGUGGGGAAGGUCUAUGGACACAACCGUUUAGCCGUCGUCUUCGGCAUGGGCGAGCCUGCGGGAGUGCCCAUUGGCCCUCCACGGCACGUCAACGGCACCGUCUUCGCAGCAGAUGCGGAGACGGGUGAGGUGCUGUGGAGCUUUGAACCCGCCGCUUGGGAUGGUGUGGGGGUGGCCGGGUCCACCAUGGACCAAAUCUGCCUUCCAGACCUCUUCUCUGCCGCGACCAUCUCCAAGGAUGGAACCGUGUACAUUAACUGGUCCGCUGGUGGCGUCACCUAUGCCCUUCGAGAGCCUUGGCGGAGAUGCUCCCUGCCUUGUGUGUUGGCAAGAAUGGCAGAGAACACGUGAAGUGUUUUGUGCCCAGAGAUGCUGAGAGUGAUGUUGUUCUGAGGGUACAGAUUAGACGACGUGUGUAGCUGAUUCAGAUCGGGGCACAUUAGAUUCAGAGGUGGUUGUCCAUUUUCCACCCGUUCCAGCUAUACAAUUAAACAAACAAUUUGCUGCAGCCUUGAAUGAAGAAAAGAGCUUCCCCAACUAGAACGCUUUCCGCAACUUUUGCAAGGUUUAGGUGGUUGCAUAAAUGGUUCAGUAGUGUUUGUCGCUCCCCCUUCCAUCUCCUAUAUUCCAUUACACCCUGGAAGACUAAAAUGGAC